UCUCCUUGCUACGUUAGCAGUCAUAGGUCGUAGACAGCCACUUCUGAAAUGUUUCGUAGUCAAGCCUAGCAAUGCAAUAUAAAAUUAGUUUGUGUUACUGUUUAUAGUGUAUUUAUAAUGAACAAAAUUUGCGUUAAUAUUAUUUGGAACAGAUAUUAUAGAAAAACAUUUCAAUAAAAAGUUCAUAAUGACGGGUUGUGUAGCUCCAAAAUGUUUUAAUUCAUCUUCCAAAGGGUUUAAGAUGUGUUAUUUUCCCAAAGACUCUAAAAGAUGUGCUGAAUGGAUCCAAAAUAUGGGGCGAACUAAUUGGACACCAACUCAGCAUUCAGCAUUAUGUCAAGUUCAAUUUGCGUCAACGGCUUGGGAACAGCGAGUUGAUGGUUUAUUGAAAUUGAAAAGGAAUGCUGUGCCUACACAAUUUCAUCAGCCAGGCUCAGCACAAGAUCAUCUGUCACAAUUAUCUAUCACUGAAGCUCAUGAAAUUCCAACAACAAGUAAUGAGAUACAAACGGAAAUUGUGACACAGAAUGAAUCGGAAGAUUGCAAUAUUAAUAUUAGCAGCGAAGCAUCAUCUGAUGACGAGAACGCAUUCAUCAUGCAACAACAGCAUUUUAUUAAUAAAAAAGAUGCUGAUCACACUGAGUGAUUUUUCAAUUUUUAAAUU